CAAAAUUGCUAUAGUGGACGAGUCCGGGGUUCUGACGAUGCACUCCGUUGACACAGAAGACCGCGGUGCAAUGUCGGAUGAACAAAAACGAGUCUCAGAAUUGCACCGAAAAGACGUUUGGGAUAUCAAAUUCGCUCAGGAUGAUCCAAACAUGUUUGCUAUAAUGGAAAAAACUAGAAUGUUUAUUUUCGAUGGAUUUCAACCGGAACCAGCAAUCCAAACAUCCGCUUUCAUUUGCGCUAUAAACGAUUUGGAAGUAUUCGGUGUACUGUUGGACGAAAUUGUAUCGUUGGGCAAUCAACCUUCUAAAGAAUGCUUGCUCAAAAUCCCCGUCAAGGUAACCAGCUAA